CUCACUUUUAUCCGGACAAUCAUGGCAACACGAAGAAUCAACACCUCAGAAAAGACACAUCUAGACCAAGAUGAGACGAGAGCGGAAGUCAAGUCCGACAUCUCUCCCGCCGUUCCUUCGUCCGUCCUCUACAAACUGCUCGGCUUCACAUUCGCCAUGAUCACAUUCCCAAUUGGAAGCUAUUUUCUGACGCGACAUACAAUAUUUGGCGGCAACGCGACAUAUGCUGGAGGUUUGGCGGCUCUGGUGGCCAAUGUCGUUCUGAUCUCGUAUGUUGUUGUGGCUUUCAAGGAUGAUCAGAGCGAAAGGGAAGCCGAUGAAGCUUCCAAGAAGAAGGAGCGGUAAUGACGAACGUGGAUAUCGAAUUAGUCGUUGCUUUGCGGGACUUCAGACAUAUACUGAAGUUCGUACGUGAUAGGCAUUACUUGGCGAAUGGGCGGGCGGGCACGACCGGAGGCUUCCAAAGUGAGGGCUUCAUUCAGUCUUGAACACGAUCUACUCUGGCUUGAGCUUAGCAGGUUAGCAGGACGUGAUAUCUGCAUCUCAUGAAAAGGCACGUGUCCUUGCAGCAGUCUGCACUGCCAAUCUGGCGCCAGUCUGCUCCCCUGCGGAUGUCCGUCCGGUCAUAUGCAGACACGGAACUUCACAGUUUGGUAGAACUGUGCAGCUCUCAUAGCAGGGAAGAAGUGGUCGAGCCCUAAACGGAACGCAAGGCAAUCUUCAUAUAUG